UAUUUUAUUUUGAUCAUAUGAUUGCGGCUUGAUCAUGCCGGGAAAUCUUGACUUUUGAACCAUGACUUUUGAACCAUAACAGAAAGUUCCAUAAAAUGUAGGAUAUCUUUGGCAGUCGAAACAACACGUGAGUGGGUAAGCUAUAUAAACAAAGCACUGGGCAUACCUGCACACCACUCAUAUCAAGAGGAGCAUAUGGUUAUUAACUGCUGUUUGUACCAAUAGAGUGAAUGAAAUGAAGGUAAAACCUGAUAGACAUUAAUGUAUAACAAGAAAACUACAGUACUUUUUUAAAAUGACUAUCAAAUGCUAUUUCUCCUAGUGCAAUGUAACUUCUACAGUACUUAUAGGCUGGCUGACAUUAUUUUCCAUUGUCUGAACCAUGAUGCUUUUUUUUUUUUUCUAAUGCAUUGAUAACAAACAGGUGAUGUGUUUCCAUCAGCUUGUUCUAGCUCUGUGUGUGCUGCUCCCAGUCGCGGUGCAGUCUCUCAUGUUCCAGCCUCUGGACUGCGCUGAUAUCUACAAUGACGGCUCUGGGACAAGUGGGGUCUACAGGAUCUACCCAGAAGGACAUAACUCUGGACGCUAUGUCUACUGUGACAUGGACACUGAUGGAGGAAAAUGGACGGUGUUUCAGAGAAGGAUGGAUGGCACAGUGAACUUCUACAGAGGAUGGGAGCAGUACAAGAACGGCUUUGGACACGCAGCUGGAGAAUACUGGCUGGGACUCGAGACACUGCAUAAGCUGACUCUGAGGAAGAACUACGAGCUGAGGGUGGACAUGGAGGACUUCAAUGGAGCUAAAGUUCAUGCCAACUACACCUCCUUCUCAAUCUCCCCAACUGCCAUUGACGCUGAAGCAGAUGGAUACAGACUGCAUGUCAAUGGCUUCAGGAAUGGUGGAACAGGUGAUUCUUUAACCUAUCACAACGGGUACAAGUUCUCCACCUUUGAUAAAGACCAGGACUCUGCAGGAGGCAACUGUGCAGCAGCACGUAUGGGGGGAUUCUGGUUUAAUAAUUGUCAGGUUGCUAAUCCAAAUGGUAUGUACCUGUGGGGAGAAGUCAGUGACAGAGGCAUGCACUGGUACCACUGGAAAAAUAACUACUACUCCUUGAAGUCCAUCUCUAUGAAAAUAAGACCUGUAUCCCGCCGACGUAGUGCAGAGUAGCUGUUCAGGAGGAACAGCUGAAGAAAAUAGCAACUGUAAACUAUAGACUUUUAUAACUUUUAAUUAUUUGUUUAUUACAAAUUAAUAUAUAAGAACGUCUUCCUUUGAGCAAUAGCACUCUGUGCAAAUGUGCAAACUUGACUGCCUAUUCCGCCUGUGUGAACUAUCUAAUGCAACAUACUGUACACUAAUGUCAUGAUUACACUUUUUAUCUGGUAUAUCUAUAUAAUAAAAUGUAUGAAACUGUCAAUUGAG